CAAUGCCAAUGGAGAAUGGGUGCAUUGCAUUCGCAAUUUGCACUAGCAAAUGGGCGAGCUCAGGUGAACCCUCUGCUGAAGGACGAAUCCAGGGGCGCAUUGAAGUCUGCAGCCUGGAGCUUCUUACGCUUGAGGAAGAGAUUGCGUGAUUCGUGAAGUCUUCGACGGAGUGCUCAGUAUUUGUUGGGGAUCAGCUAGGCAUGGCCAAAAGAAGAGUUCACAUUUUUCAAAGCUUGUGUGGGGUUUUCAGUGAAAUUCGAGCAGCGCACCACUUGUACAAGUAAUACCUAUGAUCAAGGUUCACAAAAUAUUGUGCUAGCUUGUACUAUGUGGCAGCUCAUUGGUAGCUGCUAAGCUGAGCUCACCUUCUUAGGAUUACAAUGGAAGACCUUGGGAUUUGAGCGUUCAGAGACGCAAGCCUUCAUCUGAGUGCACAAUGUCAAUGUGAUAUGUUGUCUUGCACUUGUCAACGCUUUGCUCAGGCCUCUGAGUGAUUGAGCAAGAUGCAGUCAGACGAUGUUAUACUCCAACCAAUUGGGGAGAGCUCUGCCUAUGGUCAGGGCAGUGAGAGCAGUCCCUACACCAGCACGCUGAGCAAGCACUGGGCAGGCAUAUUGAAAGCAUGGAUUACCUGUGGCCUCAUCAUGGCUGCUGUGAUUGGCUGGCAGCUCUACCGGCGAGCAGAGGCAGGCAGGCUGCAGUGGUUUCACCAAGAAUGCACCAACAGGGCGCAGGUGCUGGAAGGGGAGAUCCAGGCUAGCCUGUACUCAACUGGCGCCUUCCAUGGGUUUGUCCAGACACUCCCGACCUUCAAUGAAGAAACGUUCCACACAUAUGUCCGGCACACAAAUUGGACGCGGCCUCAGACGUACGCAGUGAUUUUUCUGGAGAGAGUCCUGCACGCACAGCGGAAAGCAGUGGAGGAAAGGAUUGGGCACGACUUCCAGAUGUUUGCCCCCGACCUGAACCGCUACAUGCCAGCCAAAAACGCGAGCGAGUACGCUGUCUUGUGCUUCGACCCUAUGAUUUCGCGGGAGUACAUCUACUUCGACUUCUCGUCCUUGCCGAUGCACAAGGUGGCCAUUGAAACGACGCGCGACACCAACGAGAUGGUCUUUAGCGCCCCCAGUAGGGCCCGCGGCUGGGCCAAAUUCGUGGCUUGGCGCGCAGUCUAUACGAAUGGCAUAGACAUACAAAACGCAACAGUGGAAGAGCGCAGGGCGGCCUGCCGGGGCUAUGUGGGUUCAGUCUACAGUUUCAAGCAGCUCUUCGCUGAGGCUCUCCAGAAGUUCGGCAACAACGCCGCAAUCCUAGUGCACGGCUACGACGUCACGCCCGACGUCCGCGCGGAGCAGGGCAUCAUCUUCACCAGCCUGGACGGCGGAGAGAUCCCGGACGACGCCGCCGCACGCACCACGCAGUACGAGUUCGUGGUGUCGUUCGAGCGCGGGUUUCGGCAGUACGAGCUGCGGUGCAAGGACAUGUCGGGGAGCCGCGGGCACAACGUCCAGGGCGCGCUGGGGUGGGCGGGCCUGAUCGUGAUCAUCGUGCUGCUGGUGGGGGUCAUCUUCGGGCUGGUCAUGAAGCGGAUGCAGGCCGUCGAGCUGCAUGUUGAGGAGAUGCGCCUCGCCAAGAUCGCCGCCGAGGCGGCCGAUAGGGCCAAGAGCAGUUUCAUCGCCAGCGUGUCUCACGAGAUUCGUACCCCGAUGAACGGCAUGAUCGGCAUGACGUCCCUUCUGAUGGAAACAAACCUGGACGCAACGCAGCUGGACUACGUCCGAACGGCGCAGGCGUCUGGAAGGGCGCUUGUUGAGCUGGUCUCAGACGUACUGGACCUGUCCAAGAUCGAGGCGGGCCACAUGGACAUCGAGGCGGUGUGCUUCGACCCGCGCGGCGAGGUGGACGACGUGCUGAGCCUGUUUGCGGACAAGGCGCGCCUCAAGCAGCUGCACCUGGCCGGCCUCGUGGGCGACGCCGUGCCGGACCUCCUCGUCGGCGACCCCAACCGCCUGCGCCAGGUCCUCAUCAACCUCGUCGGCAACGCCAUCAAGUUCACCAAGCACGGCAGCGUUUUCUUGUGCAUCAACCUGGCCCUGCCCCAGGCUCUCAAGGACGACCCCCCGCACGCGGCGGGGGUGCGCCGGCGCAGCUUUCAGAAGCCCCCCGUGCAGUGGCUGGACCGCACCCCGUCGCAGGUGCUCGACCGCGAUGCGCAGACCGUGGCGCUCGACUACCCCAUGCUCAGCCUGCGCCCUGAGUCGCGCCUCAACUCUGCAGCGGCGAUCACAACGUACAAGGAGGUGGGCCGGCGCGCGCUCGAGGUGGCGGAGCAGACGGGGCGUGUGCGCCUGGUAGUGUCCUGCGAGGAUACGGGGGUCGGGAUUGCACCGCACGUGCAGCCACGCCUCUUCAAGCCCUUCCUGCAGGCUGACAGCAGCACCAGCCGAGAAUAUGGGGGAACGGGCAUCGGGCUGAGCAUCUCGGAGAAGCUGGUGCGGCUGAUGGGCGGCAGCAUCCGCGCGUGGAGCCGGUACGGGCACGGCACCGUGUUCCAGUUCGACGUGCAGCUCAAGAUGCCGGGGGCCAAGGACCGCGCUGCGCUCAGCCCCAACAGCCGCGCAGGGGAACUGCGCCGCAACCUAGAAGGCCUGCGGGUGCUGGUCGUGGACCCCAACCCAGUGUACGCAGAGAUCGUGUGCAGCUGCGUGAUCCGGUUGGGUAUGCUGGCUCACGUCGAGAAGAGCGCCGAGGCGGCACUGCAGGCGGCCAAGGCCGCAGCCCACGCGGGGCAGCCCUUCCGCCUGCUCUUCCUUUGCGCGCCCGCAGCCCUAGCACCGGACGUCCGCACCUCCACCGAGGACGCUUUGAACCCCGAGGCGGCGGUUCCCAGCAUCGCAACGCGCCAGCCGGACGACUCCAUCGUCACACGGCUACGGUCACGCACGAGGCGCGACAUCGACCUCACCCCCGUGCGCAUGUCCCGCAACUCGGCGGGCGAGCGCCGCGCGUCGGCAGACUCGCUCGGUGCAGCGGCUCGAGCCCGGCGGCGCGCGAGCGCAGGGGACGAGGCGCCGGGCUCGAGCGAGCGACACGUGGCGCUCCCACCGGAGGCGCUGGCUUUGGCGGACGGAGUGAAAGGCAGCCCGGAGCUGCGCGGGCUGCUGUUGCUUGCGGUGGUCGCGGAGGGCGAGAAACUAGAGGCGGCGCUCAAAGCGCGCGGGUUUGCGGGGGCGGUGGUAGCGCCACUGCGGUGGCAAUCGGUGCAGGCGGCAGUGCGGCAGGCGCUCGGGAUGGCGGCCAAUCAGCGUGCAGACAGCGCGGGGCGGAGCAAGGUGCAGCUGGAGAAGUGGCUGCGCGGAAAGAAGGUCAUGGUCGUCGACGAUACGCUGAUCAACAGGCGCGUUGCGAGUGCGAUGCUGGCGCGCUACGGGUGCUCCGUGCUCUCUCUGAGCAGCGGGCAGGAGGCGAUCGAGUAUUUGGAGAAGCACUGGCGCGACGGCGAGGGCGAGGCCAUCGACAUUAUCUUUAUGGACGUCCAGAUGCCGCUCCUCUCGGGCUACGAAACCACGCGGAUCAUCCGGGAGAAGGAGCGCCAGUACUGCAAGUGCCAAACGGAGCUGGGCGGCGCAGGGCCGAGCAGCGUGCGGAGGAGAAAACGGAGCCAGGGUGAAACGGCGUCGGGGGAGAUUGAGGAGAUUACUCCCGAGGGGUUGGGCGUAGUGGGCACAGAGAGAGUCGGGUGCAGCGGGAGUUGUCAGUACGGGCGGAUACCCGUGUGUGCGGUGACAGCGGACGUGAUGAAGGGCACGCGCGAGCGGUGCAUGGAGGCCGGGAUGACGGACUACCUUCCCAAGCCUCUCGACCAAAAGCACUUGCGUGCUAGUUUGGGGAAGGUUUUUGGCCUUCCUGAAGAGCGAGAUGCCGAAACGACUUCCCCACAGACCUAAGGUAGACAUGUGUUCAGCGGCCAGUCCGUGUAAGGAAAACCUUCUUAUAGCCAGCGCACAACACCUGGAACCGUCUAAGCAGACUAUUGUAAAGGCUGAGCAUUUAUUUGUAAAGCUUCAAGAGAGUCCACCGUAGAAUCGAGUUGCGCAGCAGCAAAAAAUGAGAGUUAGGUGUUGCAAACAAUCAUUCUGCAGAAUUGCUUUGAGCAUUGCCGAUGACCAGAUUCAAGGGCAUGCCCCAGAGUAUAAGGGCUGUAGCAUGAAAGAGUGAAUCAACCAUUAAAGAUGUGUUGUUAUAAACAGACCUGCAGAUUGAAUCAACCAGAAGGACACGGGACAUUAGAAGCGUACGGAACAUGUUACGGCACAGUACACUGAAAGUAGAAGCCAUAAGUCUAUGUUACGAUCUAGGCUACCUAGUUGCCGGUCUGCAUCAUGCCAGUUUGAUUAGUGAGGAUCAAACCCCAAGAGCCCAAUUGCAAUCGUUUUUAUGUGCAUGCAAGGGGCACCCCAGAC